AUGGCACAAAUAACCUCUAAAGUUAAGUUUGGAAUUCUUGGAUGCGCACGUAUAGGGAGAACAGUAGGAAGAGCCAUUACACUGGCACCAAACACUGAUCUUUAUGCUGUAGCUAGUCGUUCCAUCGAAAAGGCUAAGAACUAUGCUGUAACAAAUGGGUUUCCAUCAACAACAAAGGUUUAUGGAAGUUACGAAGAGCUUCUUGAUGACACAGAUAUUGAUGCUGUUUAUGUACCACUUCCUACUAGUUUACACCUAGAGUGGGCUGUAAAAGUUGCUGAGAAGAAGAAACAUCUACUGUUGGAGAAACCAGUUGCUUUGAGUGUGGAAGAAUUUGAUGUUAUUGUCAAAGCUUGUGAAGAUAAUGGCGUUCAGUUCAUGGAUGGUACUUUUUGGAUGCACCAUCCUAGGACUUCGAAAAUGAGAGAGUUUCUGGAUGAUUCUGAAAAGUUUGGUGAAAUGAGACAUGUGCACAGCAUCUACACAUUUCCUGGCGACGAUGGUUUUCUCAAGAAUAACAUACGAGUGAAGCCGGAUCUCGAUGCACUUGGAGCACUAGGUGAUGUAGGAUGGUACUGCGUCAGGUCCAUCUUGUGGGUCUCCAACUAUGAGAUGCCAAAAACAGUUACUGCACUUCGUGGACCCAUUAUUAACGAUUCAGGAGUAAUUCUCGCAUGUGGCGCUUCUUUACAAUGGGAAGAUGGUAAAGUAGCCACCUUUCAAGCUUCCUUCCUUGCUAAUCUUACUAUGGAUUUGACUGCAUUAGGUUCAAAAGGAACUCUUAAUCUUCGAGAUUUUGUUAUUCCUUUCCAAGAAACCUCUUCUUCCUUUACUGUAUCAAACACAAGUUUCGAAGAACUCGUGACAGGAUUGGUACAAGUGCCUAGUGAGCAGGUUGUUCCAACUGAUCUCCCACAGGAAGCUCAAAUGGUUAACGAGUUCUCAAGUUUGGUCAUAAGAAUUAAGGAAUCUGGUUCGAAACCAGAAACAAAAUGGCCAAGUAUUAGUAGGAAGACACAAUGGGUUCUUGAUGCAGUCAAGGCAUCCAUUGAUAAGGGUUUCGAGACAGUUGAGAUUUGA